AUGGCUCCCUUCUCGGAGAUUAGCAGUGAACUUGCAGAUAUCUUACGCGACCGCUAUCCCGCAGGGCUCACCACGAGUUUGGAGCCGCCCAUGGAGACGGCCAUCCCCGCAGAGCCCAAGUUUGUCUACGGCGUUUUAAAUAAGCACGACGACCCUUCCCACGGCUGGAAACGUAUCAAUACCGGGUCAGAUGAGGGCUUCACGCCAACGAGAUGCGGCCUGAAGAAUAACAGUCUUGUGGCUUUCAUGUUGGUAGAAGAUGGGGAUGACCUAGAUGACGUCGUCUUUCGUGUGGAGUGGCCGGUGGAGGAUGAGGAACUAUACGAACAGGAACCCUAG